UCUAGUUAGCUAAGAAAAAAAGGUCGGGGUUUGAUUCUCCAUCUAGCACAACGUUGGUUAGCUCCGCCUUGAGCUUUUAUGACUUAACCCUUGUCUGAAUGCGCUCACUGCUUCACCAACCUGCUAUCCUACGCACUGCUCUACCGGUUCAUUCUCUUAACCUGCGCACCAUGGCCACAGCCUCUUCCUUGCUCUUCCCAUCCGUAUCUCUCAACAAACUCUCCAGCUCCAGAAAUGCUUCCUCCCUCGGAUUCUCCGUCACGCGAUCUAGAGUUUCAAUGAGCCUCUCCACUGAGUCUCAGACUGCGAUCAACGACUCUUUGUUCGCCCAUUACAAACCCUCCUCUGCUUUUCUCUUUCCUGGUCAGGGAGCUCAAGCGAUAGGGAUGGGCCAAGAGGCUCAGAGUGUUGCUGCAGCUGCAGACUUGUACACCAAAGCUAACCAUAUCUUGGGGUAUGAUCUUCUUGACAUUUGUGUUAAUGGACCAAAAGAGAAGCUUGAUUCCACUGUCAUUAGCCAGCCUGCGAUUUAUGUCACAAGUCUAGCAGCAGUUGAACUACUUCGUGUUCGUGAAGGCGGCGAACAAAUAAUAAACUCGGUUGAUGUGACUUGUGGUCUCAGCUUAGGAGAGUACACUGCCCUCGCAUUUGCUGGAGCCUUCAGCUUCGAGGAUGGGCUAAAGCUUGUCAAACUUAGAGGGGAAGCCAUGCAAGCUGCUGCGGAUGCUGCUAAGAGUGCAAUGGUUAGUAUCAUAGGGUUGGAUUCAGAAAAAGUUCAGCAGUUGUGUGAUGCAGCAAAUCAAGAAGUAGAAGAAGCUGACAAAGUUCAGAUCGCAAAUUACUUAUGUCCGGGUAACUACGCUGUCUCUGGAGGUCUCAAAGGAAUCGAAGCUGUUGAAGCCAAAGCCAAGUCAUUCAAGGCCCGAAUGACGGUUCGCCUAGCAGUUGCGGGUGCUUUCCACACGAGCUUCAUGGAACCAGCAGUGUCUAGAUUAGAAGCUGCGUUGGCAGCAACGGAGAUCAGGAGUCCUAGGAUCCCAGUGAUAUCCAACGUCGACGCACAGCCUCAUGCAGAUCCUGACACGAUCAAGAAGAUACUUGCACGCCAGGUUACAUCUCCAGUGCAAUGGGAGACAACAGUCAAGACACUCUUGGCCAAAGGACUUAAAAGCAGCUAUGAAUUGGGACCUGGAAAGGUGAUUGCUGGGAUAUUCAAGAGAGUGGAUAAAAGCGCCAGUGUUGAAAAUAUCAGUGCUUAAGACUGGCUAGCUUUUUGUUCAUGUUGUAUUUUGAGUUGAGGAUCAGUAAUAAACUAAUAAUAAGUAAAUUAAGUCUUAUUAUGUAUGUGGAAUCUCUCUGGUGUUUUAGUGGUUUGGAAUUCAAAGUUUUGUAUGGAAUAUAUCUGCCAGUGUUGAAAAUAUCAGUGCUUAAGACUGGCUAGCUUUUUGUUCAUGUUGUAUUUUGA